CACCACAAAUGAUAACCAGAAGCUGUUCUAAAUAUUAAACAGAGGAAAUUUUUUGUCAAGAGUGUGUAUUAACCCAUAGAUUCCUUUUAAGCACAUGGCUGAUAUGGCUUUGAUCUGCUCCUCAGGCUGACUGCACUUUGCCCCUGUAAAUUUAAGUGCCAGAGAAGCCACAUGGUCGCUCUUAAGGUUAUUCCCCAGUUAAAAUAAUGAUCAGGGAGGCUCCUGUAGCUGGGCUUUGCUGCAAUGGAGAGGUGAGGAUCGCUAAUGAAGCAUUUUGCCUCCUGGUGGACAGGCGAGGAUGGAGGACAGGGAUGGAGGGUAGGGAUUGAGGACAGGCUCCCUGUUUGUCCCUGUUUGUAGGGUGGGCUGCUCAUCCAAAAGACUCCCCAGAGGGAUCUGAACACAUGGGGAGAAUAAGCAAAACCCACUGGGAAAUGAAGAGCCCUUGUCCUGCGUUUUACAGCCAAAAUGUUGCUUUUUUGAAACACAGUAUUUAUGGAUGGUGUGCUUGCAGCACACUGAUUUAUGGCAAAGAGGUCAAGAAAGUGCCUUCCAGACUCCUUUUAAAUUAAGUAACUAAACUGCAUGUUGAGGUGGCAGCCAGGCAUGAGGCCAUGAUGCUGUAAAGUUUUUCCCAUGAUUUUCUGCAGAGGCAGGAGUUCCAUUUGAGGAUGGGAAAGUUUUUUCCUCUUCUGGCAUAUGACUGUUCACCUUUCUCUAAAGUAUAAUUUGAGGUUUUUUAGUUUCAUUCCUUCAAAUAUAGGGCUGCUACAAGGCACGUAGCUCAUCUUCAGAUGCCUCUGCACUGGUACAGAGGAUGGAUGACUGAAGUUCCCAGAGUGUUGUAGCAGUUCCCUCACCUGGGACUGGCGUUUCAUUUUGGAUUUUGAUCAAGUCAUGCAGGGAUUACUAUCGAGAAAUGAUUAUUUACACCAACUUCCAAAAUUACUUUUGUGUAAUUUUUCAUACCCUGUAGCUCUUCCAGGUAUUUGAACAGCAAACCCUUAUAAAAAACAUUUACCACAAGUAAAUAAUAGAGUUGCUAUCUACAGUCCAACAUAUCAGUUGUUAACUACAAUAAUCACAGAUUGGGAUGGUUCUCCAGCCCUUAGAAAGGUAUAAUUUGCACGUGCAGUGUCUUUUAGCAGCAGAAUUUAAAUGUGGAGGGGGAAGCUAAAAGGCAGAUGUAUUGGGAUUGAAAAGAGCAAUUAGAGGGCAGGUUGUGGUCACAGCAUCAGGGAUGGUACAAAAAGGAGACUGGAAGCCUGUGGCCUUAUUCUUUCCUGUGUGGUCAGCACCUGCAGCUUCAGCCCAGUGCAGCAUUUAAAGGAUGUGGAGCUGUACAUGAGCUGGUUUUGUAAACAUUUCCAAAACUGACUAUUUAAUACACUGCAAACAUUUCUCUGGCUAACACAACUUGUUAUUACUACAUGUUAGGGCUUUUAUUGCAUAAUCUUGGCUGCAAAAGACAUCAGAGUGCUCCCAAAAUGUAUCUUACACAGAAAAACAAAAAAAAGACAGAAGAGGCAAUUCCAGCAAAACAUCUGUGAUGACAUAGUCAGCCCAUUAUUUUGUCAACAGUGCAAGUAUUUGAUGGCAUAAUAAAAAGAUACACUUUGCUUAGCAAAAACAUUAAGGGAUGACAGCCAAGUUAAAUAGGGUACAAUUAAAGGUUUGCUUAACCCACGGGAUUCCACUUCCAGAAAAACAAAAAUAGAGCCAUUUUGAUCCCUCCUUCCAAGUUCUAUUUGUAUACUCUUGUUUGGGGGUUGAAAAAAAAUCACUUAGCAAAAGGGAGAGUAUCUUCUUAAUUUAUGUUUCAUACUGAAAAAAGUUUUGUAAGUUAAUCAUAAUAAGCAACAGAAUUCUGGAUUGCAAAGGGGGAAAACCAAGCACACCUGGGAGAAGAGAUAACAGGAAUUAAUCAUGUGCAACCCGCUUUGAGGACAAAAGUGCACAAUCCAGUUUAAAGCCUCAUUUUAAAUUAGUCCUGUGCACUAAUUUUCUGCUUCAUUUUGUUAACAUAAUUGAUGGUAGACUUCAACACGUCUUGGAAAUGCACUGCAUUUCCUUCUGAUACAUUUUUUCCAAAUAAAUAGCAAAGAAAUAGUAAUUUAUUACAGCUAUUUUUCACAUGAAAGUUGACCUCCUCUAUUUCAAGGUUUCUUACAAGUUGUCCCAUGAAAUGGAGACUAAUACCAUGCCAGAGGGCAGGGUAUUGUGCAGCUUCUCCAAUGACAAAUACUGUAGAUAAAUUCACAAUUCAGUUUUCCCGCAGGUAGGAAAUCCAAAGAUUAUGCCACUUCCAGCACAAAAUACAAAUUAAAACCAGCAUUAGAUAAACCUUGUUUCCUGGCAGAAAUUGCCAUAAAUUUCUCAGCUGGAAGUCCUGCCUAAGCCAAGGAAAUCGCUGAAGAGGCACCUGAUUUGCAUUAGAGUAAAUGAGUGCAGGAUGGCUGUUGAAGAUGUGUUUGUCUUUUCCCUUCUCCUUUCCCUAUGUUGCAUAUUAUUCCUCAAAGAAUGUAGGAGAAAUUAUGAAAGGAGAUUCAUCAAAUUCCUUUAGGUUCAGGUUUAAAAGCAGUCUAACAAAAUGGCACUGUGCACUUCCCCCUAUUUAGUGCUCUGUGUGCCUUUCCUGCAAGGCUGCUUCAAAGCAAUGCAGUUCUUCACAAGAAAGAAAGCCUGAAAAUGUUUAAAUUUGAGUUUGGAAUUAAUUUUACGUCUCAGAUUCUCACAUCUGGUUAACACAGUCCUCCCUUCAGCUGGUAAUGGACUUGUGACAGUUCUGGAUUUCAUGAUCCUCGAAUCUGAAGUCAUGUGGUGCAAUGAUCUAAGUUCAGUACAGAAGAGCCUGUUGGGCUGUGCCAAAGCCAAAAGACAACCUACAGCAAUCCUGCUCGUGGAAAGACAUAGCAACCUUUGGGAUUAUUGCUUAGCAACUGCAAACACACAGAGGAGUAAAACUCACAGCCCAGCUCCACAGCAGGUCUGAGAAAUCCCUAAUUCACUUCAAGAUUUUUAAUGGUGGAGAACAGAUGGGCAUGUAUUAAAUUCCUCUUGAUUUGCAAAGCCACUUUGAAUGCAGGAGGAGUAAGAUCUGUUUUGAUACCUGCUCCAAAGUGAUUGAGGUAUGGCUGCUCAUCCAGAAGAAUCAGCAGAGUCUGCAGGUCUGCAAUAUCCCAAACUUGGACAUGAGGAUGGAGCUGCCACAGAAAUGGGAAGCAAUCAGGGGAAUGAUGAACUGCCAUGUCUUAGUAAUUACGCUUCGUGGAAAGAGUGUUUUUAUGAAAAGGUACAACAAAGGUGUCUGAGUCUGCAGGAGACAAAGGCAAGUGUGAUUGGAGCACAAAAGGCAGAAGAAAAAAAGAUAGAGAAGAGAGAACCCUGUGACUCACUGGCCAGAGAGUGGUACAGCGAAGAGAGAGAGACACUCGAUACUCGCAUCUAUUUGCUUGACAAACUCCUACCUACAUUAAUCCCAGGAGUAGAAAAUCUGUUAAUGGAAGUGGAAAGAAAGCAUGUGCUUGUAUCAGACAAAGACCCAAGCACAUUCGACCCCAUUAAUUAUCUUGCAGAAUAUCUGAUGCGACACAACCCUCUGUACAGUGUUUCUACCAAACCAGGCCCCUACGUGAGAGGAACGAGGAUGGUGGCGGAGGAGCUCAAAUCUUUGAUGCGAGGUACAACGUCAGAGAGGCUGGUCAAGAUGAAGGCUGAGGCAAAGGACAAACGUGAGGCCAGGGAGGAGAUGGAAAGAAAGAAGGCUGAGGAGAGAGAGAUGAGAAGGGAGACACUGGCAGCUCUGUUCAAAGAGUGGACAGUGGAUGGCAAGCAGAGAAUACCAAUGGCACUGGUUCAGAGCGCCCUGAGGUCUUUUCCAGAUGUCACUGAUUCUAUUCCUGAAAAACUGAGAAAAGCAAUCCAGGACAGGAAGCUGGAAAUCUUAAACACAUUGGAAGAAACUUUAAAGCUAGAUGAGUUCACAGAGUUUGUCCUUUCCUACACAGAGCAUGUUUCAAGUGACACAUUCCAAGAAAUCAUGAAAUAUCUCCAUCAGUGUGGUGAGGACUUCCAGGAAGCAACAGAACGAGCUCUGUGGAGGCAAAAUUUUACUGAUCUCUUCCAAGAUUGUGAUUAUGGAAAGGUUGGUGUCUUGGAUAGACAAAAAAUACUGGCCCUGCUGAGGGAGUUCUAUGACAGAAGCCCCGUGGCUGACAAGAGGGAAUUGUGGAACCCCAGACAGUGGCCAAUAAUUAAGUUGCAAGAGAUUGAUCUUGUGGAUUUAUGGGGAGGCCUUGAUGACCAAGCAGCAGAGCCGAGUGAUGCUGAAGUGAGCGAGGAAGGUGAGGAUGCUGUGUCAGAGGUGAAAGGCACUGGAUUUGAGGCUGGUGAUUUGGAUGGAGAUACCACACACAGUGAGGAACCCAGCUCCCAGGAAGACAUCAAAACUGAGAAGGAAGCUGAGCCUGGAAGUGCAGAGAGACAGGCUGAAGCUUUCCCAGGAUCAGCCUCUGAUGGAUACAAUCUCAGUAGGGAUGGAGAACCUGGACCUGAAAAACAGGUGGAGGAAGAGGAAUCCAGCCUGGGUAGAGAGCCUGAGAUGGAAGUAAAAAGUGAAGGAGACACAGAUGUGGCAGACAUGGAUGUCACUGGCUCAGAACAGGGUGCUCCAGCUGCAGAGGCUGUGGAAGAAACCCCUGCAGGAAAAGGGAGUUUUUCAAGGCAGCAUAGCAGCCAGUUUGACCAACAGACAAGCUCCGAGACAAGGCUGCAGGAUGACAACCUUCUGCGUGAGCAGGACUCAGGUCCCAGCAUGGCACAGAUUCAGAACCAUCGGGCUUCUUGUACUCAGAGUUCCUUCAGUGCAAGCUGCCUCACCCAGCCACAGUUUGUACAGCUCAUGGAGACGUUUGUUGGCCAAGAUAGUUCUCUGCCUACUGUGAAGAGGCUUAUUGCAUUUAUCAAAGAAGAGUACAAGCAGACAGAGGAGGAAAAAAUGGAACAACUAGAAAAAGUUCACCACAUGGCUCGGGCGGCCCAACAGAAACUGCUUUUGGAGGCACUUUUUGAAAAGUGGGACAGCAAUGGACAUGGGUUUCUGGACCUGGAAGAGGUGGAUGCUGUUCUGAGCAAAUUCAUGGGAGGCAUGAAAAAAGAGGCAUUGAUGAAGGCAAAGGCACACCUUUGCUCCCGAUACCCCCAGCUCAGCAGAGUGGAGAUGGUAUCCCCAAAGGUAUUCCAGACCUUCCUUGAGUUAAUUGCUUCUGAGUUAACUGGCAAUGAGGAUGAAUCUAUUGAUAACUUGGUGAGAUUUCUGACCACAAGUGUGGAGCAAAGUCAUAGGGAGUCCUUGCAAAGCUUAACCAGGAGGAAAUGGCUGCAGGAUAUCCAGCAAGCGGCUGAGAGCGGCGGAGCAAGGAUGGAAUCGGUGUACAAAGCAGUGCUUAAGGCCAUCUCCCAGGAUGCAGAAGCCCAUGGGGGUAACAAGAAGAUCAGUGCCUACAUUGCCCUUUUGGAAGAGAACCAGCUCCCAGCAGAGCAGGGCCAGGGCCAGGUUCUCCUGCGCUACGUGGCCUGUACUGCGGACGAUGCUCCGCAUGUCCUGAACCAGACACUUCACAGACACAUGAAAGGAAUAAGCUUUGCAGCUGUUGAUGAAGGAAAGCCAAUCCAUGUUCCAAGAGUUCAGCUCCACGGAAAUAUCCAUUUCUGGAACUCUGAGCGCCCAGUGGAGGAGAGGAAAGGUUCCCUCCUGGUGCUGCCCCUGUAUGAUGCUCACUGGAGAGUCUUUGGCAUUCUAGGACUUGACACUCUUCGGGACCAGUGUGACAAAACCAUCUUUCUGACCCAUGAGAUCAUUUUCUACCAGGGAGUUUCCCAUGCAUUCAGCAAAGCCUACCACCAUAUCUGCACACGGGAAAAUGUCCUACAAAUGGCUGUUUAUGCUCUGGGCUGGUUGUAUCCCAGGACACCCAGCAUCCACACCGUCACCAUGUACCUGGUGGAGCCUGCCAAAGACAAGGCUCUGUGCAAGAUGAUCACUACAGAUAACACAGGACAAAAAGAAAUCCAUAGCUCUCCUGCUCUUCUCCUCAGAGAAGAAAACCUGCUAAGGGAUUACCUGUUUAGGUGCACAGACAGUUUAGAGGCCGCUCUCACUGCUGUCCGUGGAGAACAGCACAUUGCAGUACCUCUCCAAGACCUAUCAAGACAAGCUCUUGGCAUAUUUGAUAUCAGCAUUGGGCACCACAAGAAAUUACCACCUCAGGAACAGAAAGACCUGCAGAAAAUGCUAAAGAUGGUCCAAGCCGCCUGCUUGGAGAUCCUGUGGAGGUCUCUAGAGGAAACAGAACCAACCUAUGUGCUGGAGGCAGAACGGGUGGCAAAGGUGAGGCACCCGGGGUUUCUGUUCCAGCGGUUCAUGCUGCAGGACCUGCGCGAGUGUGUCCGGAAACUCGGUGCCGAGAGCUUUGCUGGAGUAAAGAGCUGUGCAGAACCCCCAGCUCUGCUACACGACAUAAUUAAGGCUGUGCUGUUGCUUUUGCAUCCAGACUGGAAGGGCUCAGAGGAGAUCGAGAACUGGAGUCAGUGUAAACUGAAACUUGAUGACAAUUUGAUUCAGGAGAUUUAUUGCUUUGAUCCAACUGCUGCAUCUGUGCAAAUUCAAGCAGAGCUGCUGGACUGCAUCACUGGUGUCCCUCGAGCGGCGGUGUGGCAGCAGGGCUGUGCUCCAGCCGAGUUCCUGUACCACUGGGUUCACACCUGCCUGGCACUCGCAGAGAUCACAGGGAGCCAACACAGUGAAAAACCCCAUCCUUAGUUCCUUUUGGCAUCCAGUUGUUGUGUGCCUCCAAUUAAAUCUCUUAAUUCCUCGUCUAACCCUCGUGAUUCUAGUAUUUCACAAAUUUUAAAAUUUAAAUUAACUGUUGUUUUUCUAUUUUUUUAAGCAUAGCCACUAAGUAUUCGUUGUUAAGAUGGUUGAAGUUUGUUAGGGAUUACUAGUUAAAAUGAUAGGAAGUCUGUUAAGGAUUAUUAAGAAAAAGCAAUAAAAACAUUAAAGGAAAAAAUUUUUCUAAUAUAGCUACUGAAUUUUAAAGGCUUGAAUAAAGUUUUGGGUGUUUUUAA